UUGGCUCAAGUAAUCAUUAGUUACCCCAAAUCAGGUGCGUGGAGCACCGUUGCCGCCGGUCCGGCGAACAGCCUGGCACACAGUGCAAGCAUCUUUUGCUGCACAUCGGCAAUUAGGCCGUGGUGUGCUAUGCAAUGGCGAUGCUUAUCGAAGCAGAAUGCGGCUUCACGCAGGAGGGCGACUGUCUCUGCGUCGUUGGCUCUGACCAGGCGCUGGGCAGUUGGGACGUGACCCGCAGCCGCGCGCUGCGCACAGGGCCUCUGCGGUUUCCCAUUUGGGAGCUGCAGCUGCCGGGCGCUUGUCACGGGGAGUUCAAGCUCGUGGUGCGCAGAAGCCGCGGCCAUGUCGAGUGGGAGGAGAUCUCCAACCGCCAGUUUCCCAGCUUAGCACCGCCGGGCAGCCGCCUGGCGAUGCGCUUCAACGACCCGCGCCUGGAGUUGCUGCCGCCCAGCGAGGUGCCAAGAGCUCUGAGCUUGCCGAUACUUCCGCUCUUUAAGAAUGACUCCUCGCGAAGCGAGUGUUUCAGGUCUCGAUUUAUUUGCUCUGGGCCAGAGCCGGAGAAGCCAGUCAUUGGUGGCCGCUAUCAACUGGAAGACUCCACCCUUGGUGAGGGAGGCUUUGGCUCGGUUUUUAAGGCCUGGGACAGGGCCCUGGGCACUAUGCGCGCGGCUAAGCGUGUGGAGAAGACCCGGGGCUUCUCUCUGAUAGACGUGUUUCGGGAGAUCGAGAUGCUCAAGGCCUUAGAUCAUCCCAACAUCGUGCGGCUCUAUGCCACCUGCGAGGACGAGCGCUUUUUGUAUCUCAUCAUGGAGCUCUGUGAGGGCGGUGAGCUGUUCGACCGCUUGGCGGAUGCCACUCACCUCACGGAGCCGGUGGUGCAGGUGGUGAUGCGACAGGUCUUCGGAGCCGUGGCCCACUGCCACAGCAAGGAGAUCGUCCACCGAGAUUUGAAGCCCGAGAACUUCAUUCUGCAGAAGAAGGGCCCAGUGGAGACAUCGCCCAUCAAGCUCAUCGACUUCGGCUUGGCCACGCACUGUGGCGAGGGCGAGAGUUUGAAUGACGCGUUUGGCACUGUGCUCUACGUGGCGCCGGAGGUGUUGGAGGAGAAGUACGACAGCGGCUGCGAUGUGUGGAGCUGUGGUGUCCUGAUGUAUUGCUUGCUUUGUGGAUCGCCGCCUUUCCACGGCAAAAGUCAGAAUGAGAUCUUGAACAAAAUAACGCGGGGGCGUUAUACGAUGAGAGGAUCUCAUUGGAUGCCUGUAUCCAGUCAGGCCAAGCACCUGAUCUCCAGAUGCUUGCAGAAGGACACCAAGCAGCGCAUCACUGCCGCUGGGGCCUUGAACCACGAGUGGUUCUUCAGCCGGGAGUCAAGUCCUGGCCUGCACUCGCAGUUACUGAAGAACCUGAAAUCCUUUUGUGUCCAGAACCGCCUCAAGAAGGCGGCCAUGACAGCAGCUGCCUACCACCUCACCGAGGAAGAGCAGCACGAACUGCGGCGCGUCUUCAACUUCCUGGACAUUGACUGCGACGGCUUUGUGACAUUGGAAGAUAUGAAGCGCGUCAUGGAGGGUGAUCUGGAUAUGAGCCCACUGAAUGUGGCACAACUGAUGGACGACUUGGACCGCAAUCAGGAUGGCCGCUUGGAGUAUACGGAGUUCAUCGCCGCUGCUAUGGAUCAGCGCUUGGACAAGAAUGAGGCUUUGUGCUGGCGUGCCUUCAAGGCAUUUGACCGGGACGAUGACGAUAUGAUCACUUUUCCAGACCUGCAGCACGUCCUGCAAGACCCGGACCUGCUCUUAGAGGUUCCGAACUGCAGGAGUGCUUGGGCCUAUUUUGCUCGUAUGGAUGUGGACGGCGACGGCCUUGUGACCUUUGAUGACUUCAUGCGCAUGCUGCGGUCACAGAACACGCCGGCGACAUCCUACAAGAAAGUAAGCUUUGGGAUGCUUUCCCCGAAGGCCUCAACGCCCAGUACCGACUGCUCCGAAGACUUCUCGGAGCUCUCCCAAGAGUCCCAGUGGUGACUCAAGGCGCUUUCCAUCCGCCGAGGCCCCUCAAAGCUGCGAUUUCAAGCUCGACGCAAACA